CGCGCUUCUCCCGCCGCGCUAGAGGCCGCCGUUCUCGGGGCUGAGCCGAGAGGAAGCCCGGCGCCCGCCAGGGCUCUACGGGGCCGCGCAGGAGGGCGCGCGUCCGUCGGGUGCUCGCGCGGGUCUAGUGCGGCGCCGCUAGGUGCUGCGGAGAGACGCUGGGUUGCGGUAGCCUGGUUGCGCGUCUGCUGCUUUAGCGAGGCCGGGAGGAACCGAGCGGAGGGACAAGCGGAGGACCGAGUCUCAGCCAAUUGGACAAUGGCAGUUUGGGUUUUGAAAAAUGUCUGAAGGUUAGUGGGCUGCAUCUACCUUCUGCUUCCUCCACACCCCUUUUAAGAGAAUAAAUGGAAUAUUUGAGAAGAGAGCUAUAUUAAAAGAAGAGUGUUGCAAAUGGCUUCAGAAUCUGUGAAUGCAAAACAAGCUAGGAAUCACUGCACAAAGGGGAAAAGGCAACAGCACCAGCAAAUAAAGAAUAGGUCUUCAAUUAGUGAUGGUGAUGGAGAAGACUCUUUUAUCUUUGAAGCAAAUGAAGCUUGGAAAGAUUUUCAUGGUUCCCUUCUUCGGUUUUAUGAAAAUGGAGAACUGUGUGAUGUCACACUAAAGGUUGGCUCAAAGCUAAUCUCUUGUCACAAACUAGUAUUGGCUUGUGUCAUCCCUUACUUCAGAGCCAUGUUUCUCUCUGAAAUGGCUGAAGCCAAGCAAACACUGAUUGAGAUCAGAGAUUUUGAUGGUGAUGCAAUAGAAGACUUGGUAAAGUUUGUCUAUUCUUCAAGGCUCACUUUGACUGUUGACAAUGUCCAACCUCUUUUAUAUGCAGCCUGUAUUCUACAGGUUGAACUGGUGGCUAGAGCUUGUUGUGAAUACAUGAAGUUACAUUUUCAUCCCUCCAACUGCCUGGCGGUAAGAGCCUUUGCAGAAAGUCACAAUCGAAUAGACUUAAUGGACAUGGCGGAUCAGUAUGCCUGUGAGCAUUUUACUGAAGUAGUGGAGUGUGAAGACUUUGUGAGUGUGUCACCCCAGCAUCUCCAUAAGCUUUUGUCCUCCAGUGAUCUAAAUAUUGAGAAUGAAAAGCAGGUCUAUAGUGCAGCCAUCAAGUGGCUUCUUGCCAAUCCUCAGCAUCAUUCCAAAUGGUUGGAUGAAACACUUGCACAGCAGCAGUGUGGCCUUGUGAUUCUGACACAACCAUUUUUGGAAGUUCGUCUGCCACUGUUGCCAGUUGAUUUUCUUAUGGGUGUUGUGGCAAAAGAACAGAUUGUCAAGCAAAAUCUAAAAUGUAGAGAUUUAUUGGAUGAAGCAAGAAAUUACCAUCUUCAUCUGAGUAGCAGAGCAGUACCUGACUUUGAAUAUUCCAUUCGGACUACUCCAAGGAAACAUACUGCUGGUGUGCUAUUUUGUGUAGGUGGUAGAGGUGGAUCUGGUGACCCCUUUCGCAGUAUUGAAUGCUAUUCUAUCAACAAAAAUAGUUGGUUUUUUGGGCCAGAAAUGAAUAGUCGAAGGCGACACGUCGGUGUAAUCUCUGUGGAAGGUAAAGUGUAUGCAGUAGGUGGACAUGAUGGAAAUGAACAUUUAGGUAGCAUGGAGAUGUUUGAUCCUCUCACUAAUAAAUGGAUGAUGAAGGCUUCAAUGAACACAAAGAGGCGAGGCAUAGCCUUGGCCUCCUUGGGAGGUCCAAUUUAUGCAAUUGGAGGGUUAGAUGACAACACUUGCUUCAAUGAUGUAGAGAGAUACGAUAUAGAAUCUGAUCAGUGGAGUACAGUGGCACCAAUGAAUACUCCCCGUGGAGGAGUUGGCUCUGUGGCUCUUAUAAACCAUGUUUAUGCAGUAGGUGGCAAUGAUGGAGUUGCUUCUUUAUCUAGUGUGGAGAGGUAUGAUCCACAUCUGGAUAAGUGGAUAGAAGUUAAAGAAAUGGGUCAACGAAGAGCAGGCAAUGGAGUUAGUGAGCUCCAUGGUUGCUUAUAUGUUGUUGGUGGUUUUGAUGAUAAUUCUCCUCUGAGUUCAGUUGAGCGGUAUGAUCCCCGAAGCAACAAGUGGGAUUAUGUAGCAGCACUUACCACUCCCAGGGGUGGCGUGGGGAUCGCAACAGUGAUGGGCAGAAUCUUUGCAGUUGGUGGUCAUAAUGGCAACGCAUACUUAAAUACAGUGGAAGCAUUUGACCCAGUGCUGAAUAGGUGGGAGCUGGUUGGAUCUGUGUCUCACUGCAGAGCUGGAGCAGGUGUAGCUGUGUGCGCCUGUCUAACUAGCCAAAUUCGAGAUGUAGGUCAUGGAUCGAAUAAUGUGGUGGACUGUAUGUGAUUUGAGGUCCAGCCACCAACAAUUUAGUCAUAUUUCAUAUGCAGGAAAGACAACCAAGGUUUUGUAUGAUCACUUUUGAACAGUUUUCACUACUGCUAGAGUCUUAUUUUAAAGGGAAGCUGUUGUAGUGUGACUAAAUGCAGCAUUUAGAUGGUAGCUGAAGAAUUAUUAGUAAUAAAGAUAAAUUUGAUACUUCCCACUUUAGCAAAUAAUGGGAUAGGGAAGGAAAACAAUCUAACCUGAAAUCAUACCUCCUCUGAAAAAUGUUUAAAAAAGUACAAAAACCUUGAAAUCCCUUUUUAAAAACAUUUUGGAUAAAUCAAAAUGUAAAAUGGAAUUAUUUCCAUUUUGCCUGAGUUUUAUCUUUCCUUUUGCCUAAAAGUGUUGACUGUAGGCAGUGGACUUUUCCUAGAGGGGUGAUUAGAACCUAUUCAUCAACACAAGUAUAUUAUAUCAGGAUACAUGAGAGACCUCCUUUUGAAGAUCAUUUCUACUUGGUGCUGAUGAAUUUAUGCCUUGCUUUUUUCUAGAUGUCAGUUUUUAAAUUUCUUGGAUAUUUACAGAAGUAGAAAAAAUGUUUAAUCUUUCUCAGUGCCACUAGCUGAAUUUUCAGAAGCUUUAUGGGAGAGAUAUCCAAGCGCUUAAUUUCAGUUUGACUUGUUAGGGUACCAAAUACCUAGCUGAACUAAUUCCAUCUAAAUAAAUCUAUACCUUCAUUUUUUCAUCUCAUAUGAAAAGAUUCAUUUAUUAGCAAAAAUUGAAUCAGAGGAAAUGGCUUUAGAGUUAAUAUUAUUCUAGUGCCCAGUUGAGACACCUUGAGAAGAAAUGGUGUCAAUUACAUGACUCACUGAGGGAAAUCUGAAAAUAUUUCUUUAAUUUAAUCAUUUGGUUUUGAGCCCAGGAUUAUUAUCUUUCCAUUUUGCUCUUUUUUUUAAACAGUAUCAAACAUGAGUUUAUUAUCAGAAAAUGAAUGCAUUUUUACAAAAAUUCUUUACAGAGUGUGGUUUACAGAAUGUGGUUCAAGCCCAUCAUUACCAAUAAAAGAUAUUGUUGGUAAAAACAGAGAAAGAUUGAUACUACUGUUUUUUUCUGUAUAAUUAAUCCCCUCCAGUAUAUUUAUUGAGCUUCAACUGAAAAUAUUUCUCUUCAUUAAUUUGAAGGCAGGAUAUUGAUAAACCUAUUGAUUUAACAGCUCUUCAUGGUUUUAACCAGUAUUAUAAAAUGGCCUAUUCAUUAUAUGUAAAUAUUUAUAUAAAUAUUUAUGAAGAAUAUUAAAAUAUUCUGUUUUGUAUUUGUAAUGCACUUUGGUACCUUUUUUCCAGGCCUUCCUAAAUUUUCCUGUCGUCAUGCCUCAGAAUUUAGUGUAGUUUCAUUGCUGGCAGUCAUCUGGUUCACAAAGAAUGAGGGCAGUGAGGAACAUUACCCCCAUCCAUCCAACUCUGAAGUUCAUUGCCUAGUAACUCUGAUGGCCUUCAUUAAAAGGCAACCUAAAGAGUACCUGGCUAGCUCAGUCAGAAGAGCAUGCUACUCUUGAUCUCAGGGUCAUGAGAGCAUGCCUCAUGUGGGAUAUAGAGAUUACUUAACAUAAAUUUUAAAACUUAAAAAAAAACAAAACAACCUGGGCUUGUCAGUACAGCAGGGUAGAAAGACACAUUUCAAAAGCCAGUGCCUAUUUGGUAUAUUAGACCAAAAAAAAAAAAAAAAAUAGUAAGAGGGCUAGCAGAUAAAGGUCUUUCAUGAGGCAGAUUUAAAAGUUCCUAAAUUGUGCCUUUUUUUUUUUUUUUUUUUUGCUAUCAGCUCAUAGGCAAGUUCAUAAGUCAUUCCUAGAUUUGAAUCAGUGUUCUCUUGUGUAACUAUAACCAUAUUUCAGUCAGUCCCCAAAGCAUUUAACUCAAUAGCACUCACUGGACAGGUUAUAAACUGGCUGGAUAUGGAGAAUAAAUCUCAACACUUGGCUUAAACUGUCUAUUUCUUAUAUCUCAUGGAAUUCUUGUGAAUAAUGCUUGUCUGGCUGUGGUUACUAGUAUGUUUUACUUUUAUUUUGUGGGAGAGGGGAUCUCAUUGAUCUUACUGUUUCUAAGAUUAUUUAAAAUGCUUUUUUUCUUUAAUAUAUUUCUGCCUAGCACAUGUAGAGUUUAGGAGCAUAAAGGCGUUACAUUUGUUUCUGGUUUUUAUUAUACUAUAGUCAUCUAACAUACUAAAUUGGUACCCUGGCUACUCAUAAAAUAGGAACUACUCAUAAGGGAAGUAAAGUGAAGUAAAGGAAACAUGUAGCUGUCUGUUAUAUUAUGUGUAGAUACUUAGGAGCAUAGUCUUGAAGGACCUGACAAUAGUAUGAAAAGAUAAAUAGUGGAAUCAAUAUACGCAGUUUAUUAAAGACACAUUUUUGAGAUAGGAAAUGACAAUCAGGCUGAAGGACUCCUGCAAUUGAAAGAUAAUUAUAUUCAUAGGAAUAAUGACAUGACAUUAUCAAAACAAUAUGGCUACUUAAUUGUGAGGCCUUUCAUUUUAACCUUUGAUAUUAAUAGGAAUACCAAACAGUGAUCUGAAAUAGAGAUAACAUUCUGAAAUAAAGAAAAAUUCUGGCAAAAAAUUAAAAAAAGGUUCACAUAUUAUUUUUCUUCAAGAGGAAUUGUAGAUGUGUGGUUCUCCCAUAAAGUCAUUAAAGCCACUGCUUUCCUAUAUGGUACUGCCACUUUAAAUUACUUGAUAAUGUUUUUUACUAACUUCACUGUACUCUGCAUAACUGAUUAUUUUAAAUUAUUUUAAGUGUUUGAAUAAACUUUGUAUUGUACUCCCUCUAAGGAGUAUUAUUUAUUCUCUUAAUUCCCACACAAAUUUAUAAUGCUGUUAAAUGCCUAGAUAAGAGAUUGUUGAGAUUACAUAAACUCCUCUUGGAAAUGGUAAACUUAAGAAUUUUCUUUGUUCCUUUUUCUUCGUGUCUUAUAGAGAAUGCAUUAAGAAUCUAAUUCAUAUCUUUUAAGUUAAGAAUGUCUCCUGUGAUUUCUUACAUCAGACUCCUAAAGAAAUUAUUAUUGGUGUGUCAUUGGCUAUCUCUUUAUGUGGAAUUAAAAGUUGCAAUAGUAUUUUCUUAGAGCCAUAUAUAAAUUGUGUAGUAAUACUCCAACAAAUCAAAAUAAUAAAUUAUGAUAUGUACUACCAAA